GUGGCUUUCCGGAAUACAGGUGGGAAUCUGAAGGGAGAGUUUUGGACAGCUGUUGUAGCUGGUUCAUUAACGGUGUGAACGGGGCAGAAAGCGUCUCGCGCAAGGACAGUUUGAGCGUUGUUAGUAAUUUAUUUGCCACCCAGGGGUCAUGGGCUCCAUGUUCAGGAGUGAGGAGGUGUGCCUGGUGCAACUCUUCCUGCAAUCCGGCGCAGCCUACAACUGUGUCAGUGAGCUGGGAGAGCUGGGUAUUGUCGAGUUUAGAGAUCUGAAUCCAAACGUGAACGCAUUUCAAAGGAAGUUUGUCAAUGAGGUGAGAAGAUGCGAGGAGCUCGAGAAGACUUUCGCAUUUCUGGAGCAGGAGAUCACACGCUCCCUCUCUCCAUCGCUGCGCUCACCGCUGCAGGACCCCUUGCUCAGUCCCCCGGCUCCGCAGCCCAGAGAACUGCUCACUAUCGAGGAGGAGAGCGAGCGCCUAGCUCGGGAGCUCAGAGAGGUUUCCAGAAACAGAGACAGCAUCCGAGCUCAGCUGAAUCAGCUGUGUCAGUACAGAGGAGUGCUCACUCAGAUGCACUUCCUCACAGCCUCUCAGACAGCGGCACCGCCCUCCUUUGACCCAACGGGUUUAGCAGAGAACAGGCAGGACGCGAGGCUCAGCUUUGUGGCUGGUGUUGUACACCCAUGGAAGGUACCAGCCUUCGAGAGGCUGCUCUGGCGCGCCUGCCGCGGUUACAUCAUCGUGGACUUUCGAGAAAUGGAAGAAAAGCUGGAGCAUCCUGAAAGUGGUGAAAUGGUACAGUGGACCAUCUUCCUUAUCUCCUAUUGGGGGGACCAGAUUGGACAAAAGGUGAAGAAGAUCUGUGACUGCUUCCACACACAGACCUUCCCAUAUUCAGAGAGCCAGGCAGAGAGAGAGCAGGUUCUGGAUGGACUCAAGACCAGAAUUGAAGACAUCAAAUCAGUGAUGAAUGAGACAGAACAGUACCUGCAGCAGUUGCUAAUGCGUGCCGUGGCUGUUUUACCGCAGUGGCGUGUUCGGGUGCAGAAAUGCAAAGCCAUUCAGAUGGUGCUGAACCUCUGCAGCCCCUCAGUCACUGAGAAGUGCCUGAUUGCUGAGGCAUGGUGUCCAGUUAGGCAGCUUCCUGCUCUACAAAGUGCCCUACGUGAGGGAGGGAGAAAGAGCGGUAGCAGUGUCGAUUCAUUCUACAAUCGUUUGCCUGCUAGCACCUCUCCUCCUACCCUCUUCCCCACCAACGCUUUCACUGCAGGCUUCCAGAAUAUUGUAGAUGCUUACGGAGUAGCCAGCUAUAGAGAGGUCAACCCAGCACUCUACACCAUCAUUACAUUUCCGUUCCUGUUUGCGGUGAUGUUUGGGGAUGUGGGCCACGGCCUUCUCAUGACACUCGCUGCUCUCUGGAUGGUGUUUGAGGAGAAGGACCCCAAACUGAGGAACAGCACAAAUGAGAUCUGGCGUAUGAUGUUUGGAGGACGCUAUCUGAUCCUGUUGAUGGGACUUUUCUCCAUUUACACUGGAGCCAUAUACAAUGAGUGUUUCAGCAGAGGCCUCGUUGUCUUCCCGUCCUCCUGGCAUGUUGGGCCUCAUGCAAAAUACUACAACUGGACUGAUGAGGUUUUCAGGACAAACCCCUUUCUCACACUGGAUCCAAACGUUACUGGAGUAUUUACUGGACCUUAUCCGUUUGGCAUUGAUCCGAUCUGGGGAAUGGCUAGUAACCAUCUGACAUUCCUUAACUCCUAUAAGAUGAAGAUGUCGGUGAUUAUUGGCAUCAUCCAUAUGACGUUUGGGGUCUGUUUGUCUUUCUUCAACUAUGUGCACUUUAGGGAGAUAAGCAGUGUGUUUCUGGUGCUGAUUCCCGAGUUGUUUUUCAUGCUGUGUUUGUUUGGUUACCUGAUCUUCAUGGUGAUUUUUAAGUGGGUUGCUUAUGGUCCUAUGCACUCGAACACAGCGCCCAGUAUUCUCAUCCACUUCAUAGAUAUGUUCCUGUUUACGGAGAAUAAAGCCAAUCAAGAUCUUUACCCUGGCCAGAUGACGGUGCAGAAGGUUCUGGUGGUUCUGGCAUUGUGUUCGGUUCCUGUUCUGUUGCUGGGAAAGCCCAUUCAUGAGUACAUCACCUUCAAGAAAAAGAAACGCCAAGCUGCUUCAAGGGGUGAGAGACGUCCUCUACUAUCAGAAAAUGGCUCCAUAAAUGCUCAGCAGGACGAUCUUGACACGAAACUGCAAGAAGAGGAGGAGGAGUUCGAUGGAGCCAAUGUUUUCAUGCACCAGGCCAUCCACACCAUAGAGUACUGUCUGGGCUGCAUCUCCAACACUGCCUCUUACUUGCGUCUGUGGGCCCUCAGUCUGGCUCAUGCCCAGCUGUCAGAAGUUCUUUGGGUGAUGUUGAUGAGCAAUUCCUUCUCUACCACUAGCUACGUGGGAAGUAUUAUAAUGGUAGUCAUUUUUGCUUUCUUCGCCAUCCUGACAGUAGCUAUUCUUCUAAUCAUGGAAGGUCUCUCGGCUUUUCUGCAUGCUCUGCGACUUCACUGGGUUGAAUUUCAGAACAAGUUCUACAGUGGGACAGGCUACAAGCUCAAUCCAUUUGCAUUUGCCUCCUUAAUCUGCUUCUCUUCAACCAACUGAUGGUUUAUCCUAGGCAAUGUUUUAACCCAGACAUUUCAACUGUAUUGUUUAAUUUAUCCAUGUCAUCUUUGGGGGGUUUAUGGUGAAGAAGCUCCUUUUUCAGAUCAGUCUUCAUGGUGGUGCAGGAUUUCCUUUUUAUGUUCAACUGAAAUCGCUUUUAGGGAUUCUUAUAGCAGUUAUAGUUGUAUCACCUCUCAUAAUAAAAAUAAAAUCUUUUUGUUAUGGGACCCGAUCUUUUACAUGAUGCAUUCCACAGAUUUCAUUCAGACAGAAUGAGACCAAAAUGUAACUCAGGGAGAUUUUAUCCAUAUGAAAGACUGUUCCUGUCUGUGUGUAACAGUGAGGUUCAACUUCAGACUUUCCUUUAUACUCCAAUAAUGUUAAUCAGUGAAUCAAAAAAAAAAUUCAGAUAAAUCAAAGGGAAUGAAUGGUUCCAGGUCUUUGCUUGUUGCUAUGUGUUUUUAUAUAAAUUAACAACUGUCUUGAUGUCCUGCAUGUGAAGUCUUUUAAUUACUUGACUUACCUAUGUGUUAUAACUGAAUUAUGUAAUGCCACAAUACAAGUCAAUAAAACUCGUCUCAUCUUUGUG